AUGGAUCGAUUUAGAUUUAUGUUUUAUUACUUUCUGCUACUAGUAAUUUCAGCGAUUCAAGCAGAGGCAGGGGAAUUUACAAUUACAACUUCACUAACAUACCCAAGAAAGAUGAUGGUGGAAAGAGCGUUAUUGAUUGCAGAUCCGCCAGCUGUAAAGUCGUUAAUGGAAGAUGAAAAUGAACCGUCUUAUUUCAUUGUUGAAGCUCCAGAGAGUAUGGAAACAGAGCAUCAUCAUUCUGAUAAAUCGGUUGCUGGUGGAGGGGUUAUUAUUGGUGGACUUGUAACGGCUAUUUUUGCUACUGUUUAUUGCUAUAUUAGAGUUACUAGAAAGAAAUCAGAUGCAGAUCAUUAGAAGAAUAUGGAGUACAAAUUUGUGAAUAGUAAGAGUUAUUUAU